AUGGCAGAUGGCUAUUUCUCCGAGCCUAAAUCACGACCACGUUUGAAUCCAGAAUCCAAUAGUGAUUCUGCGGAUAAAGCGCUAUCUACUACCCACGACGCAGGUGCAAAUGAUGGUGCGAAGGCCAUGGCUAAGGAAGAAAUCCAAGACAGUGCUACGAAUAUAAUUUCCGAUCCCUGUCCACCGCCAUACAAGGAGAUUGCGAAGGAUGAUGGGGAGAGGAAACAAAGGCGAACCUGGCUCUGGAAGAAAUUUUGA